GCGCUUCGCGAGCCCGUCUCCUCGAAUGAAAGGAAACAACCUCCGGCGACAGAGCCCCGCUCUCAGGCGCUGCCGGAGAACCGGGACCGACUUCUUUCUCUUUCCCCUCAUUGGCGCUUCUCUCCUGCCGUCCGCCUCUGGGCCUCGCUGCAUUUUUUGAUACUUAAAGUGGCAUUCUAAAGGCAAUUUUUAAAUCAUGUCAAGCUCAGUUGAACAGAAAAAGGGGCCUACAAGACAGCGCAAAUGUGGCUUUUGUAAGUCAAAUAGAGACAAGGAAUGUGGACAGUUACUAAUAUCUGAAAACCAGAAGGUGGCAGCACACCAUAAAUGUAUGCUCUUUUCAUCUGCUUUGGUAUCAUCACACUCUGAUAAUGAGAGUCUUGGUGGAUUUUCUAUUGAAGAUGUCCAAAAGGAAAUAAAAAGAGGCACAAAACUGAUGUGUUCUUUGUGCCAUUGUCCUGGAGCAACAAUUGGUUGUGAUGUGAAAACCUGUCACAGAACAUACCACUACCACUGUGCAUUGCAUGACAAAGCUCAAAUACGAGAGAAACCUUCACAAGGGAUUUACAUGGUUUAUUGCCGAAAACACAAGAAAACUGCAUAUAACUCUGAAGCUGAUUUAGAAGAAAGUUUUAAUGAACAUGAACUGGAGCCCUCAUCACCUAAAAAUAAAAAGAAAAGUCGCAAAGGAAGGCCAAGAAAAACUAAUUUUAAAGGGCUGUCGGAAGAUACCAGGUCCACAUCCUCCCAUGGAACAGAUGAAAUGGAAAGUAGUUCCUACAGAGAUAGGUCUCCACACAGAAGCAGCCCUAGUGACACCAGGCCUAAAUGUGGAUUUUGUCAUGUAGGUGAGGAAGAAAAUGAAGCUAGAGGAAAACUGCAUAUAUUUAAUGCCAAAAAGGCAGCUGCACAUUAUAAGUGCAUGUUGUUUUCUUCUGGCACAGUCCAGCUCACAACAACAUCAAGAGCAGAAUUUGGAGACUUUGAUAUUAAAACUGUACUUCAGGAGAUUAAGCGAGGAAAAAGAAUGAAAUGUACACUUUGCAGUCAGCCCGGUGCUACUAUUGGAUGUGAAAUAAAAGCCUGUGUUAAGACUUACCAUUACCACUGUGGAGUACAAGACAAAGCUAAAUACAUUGAAAAUAUGUCACGAGGAAUUUACAAACUAUAUUGUAAAAAUCAUAGUGGAAACGAUGAAAGGGAUGAAGAAGACGAGGAACGAGAGAGUAAAAGUCGUGGAAAAGUAGAAAUUGAUCAGCAACAACUGACUCAGCAGCAACUUAAUGGAAACUAGGUUCAUGGGACAGAGUUAGAAAACUGGGAGUGAAUAAGACAUCCAUAACUACUAUUCUUUUUUCACUGUUUUCUAAAAUCAAAAAGGGUUUGUAACUUUUUACUGCCCAACUCUUAGAUCCUUUACUGAACUGCCUAAAAACGUCCUGUUUGUUCUAUGAGCCUUCACUAGAUGGCAGAGUUUGACGUGUGGAUAUUACGUAGCUGUAGUUUGCAGUUUCUGGGAAGCAAUUGAAACACUAUUAACCCUGUGUACAGUGACAACAGUUCAAGCAGACAUUGAAAUGAAGUAAGCUAUAUAUCUGGACCGAACAAAGUUCUACCGAUUAGAAUGUUUAAGUUUGUUUAGUGGGUUCAUACUCAAGGGAAAGCAUAAGCAAAUUUUACUUUACAAUGCAAACGUGCCGCUGGCAGCAACACGGUAAUUUGUGAAUUACUUUUUCACAUUAAGUAAUGAUGACUAGAAAUGAAGAGAACUUUCUUUUUUCUCUUGGCUUUGACAGCACAUGCUAAAAAUUUCAUCUAAGAAGUGUGCUAAAGCUUUUUAUUUGGUUCCUGUUAAAGUUCUCACUGACCAGCAUGGACUCAGGCAGCUCUAAGCUAUGAGCUCCAGUGCUUAUGCCAAAAUCCGCUUGACACUUCUUUCCAUGUCAUAAAAAGAGCUUCUGGUAAAAUGAUCGAAUCCUUUUCAAGUUUCAGCUAACAUUUGGCAACAGCAAAUUAAAUCUCUUUUAAGAUUUAAAGGGUUACCACUCACUAAGAACUCUAGCCACCCUGUCUGAUACCCAUUCCUCUCAAGUGCCCUGUCGUGUGAAACGCUUCACAUAUUGGCCCAAAGUAUGUAAGGAGGUCUCAUGUGCUAUGGGAGGAAAAAAAAAAGUCUUUGCAUAAAACAGUAUUUAUUUUUAAUUUUGUGACCACUAUUUUAGAAACUAUUUAAUAUUUUUAAUGUUUUCAUUCAUUGUUUUGGUUAUCUACUAAAUAGGCUCUUAUGCCCUACUUUUUCCUUCGGAUAGAACUUGGUAUUGUUUUAUUGAUACAUAAUCGCGAUUGUUUAUCAAAGCCUAAGAACCCAGCUUUUUAGAAAUGAUUUUCACACUGGCAUUUCUAGCUAGUGGUAUUUUCUUCCACUUACCUGCUGAAGCGCAUUUGUAUAUUCCUUUACAGCAAAACCAAAAACUUUAGUUGUGCUCUGCCUAAUGUUACCAUAGCACCUCAAUAUUAAGGAUAGAGAUUUUGAUUUCUGAAUUAUUAGGUAACCUGCCACGUUAAAGUAAAUUAGCAUACAAAAACCGAUGUGUUAACUUGACUAUACAUCAAGAUACUCUGCAGCUGAUAGAAAAGCAUUUUCAAAAUGAAACAGGUGGAAAAUUACACUGUGCUUAAUGACUAAGUUUUAUAAAACUGCUAGUCCCUUAAAGUCAUGUUUGUCAAGUGUAUAUUCAUACAUUUACUUAAGUCAAGGGACUCAAUGAUUGCUUUAUUUUAACCAUCUUUUAUUAUUUUUAGAAGGAAACUAGCUUUAGUAGUGGAUUGCCCUGUAUGUUUUCUCUUUUUGCUCUAAAUAUGCCAUUGGGUUUUUUUGUGUGCGUGUGUAUGUGAUUAAUUUUCAAAAUUCACCAUGACUUGAAGUGCAAGGACAGAUCUAGAUGUUUGUUUACCAAGCUAUGUGACUUUUCCCAAAGGAUCUGUACUUUUAUUUCCUUACAACAGCUUGAAAACCAUUAUUUUAAAUCUUACAUCACUGUGUCUAGAUCUUUUUUACAUUGUGUGCCAUAGGCUUACCCAUGGAAUAACAGAACACCUUCAUUUUUGGACAACUACUGUAAUGAUUUUUUAAGGAAAAAUGGAAGGUGUCGGGGUAAUAAUGGCCAGUCAAUAAUUAUAUAAUGGACUUCAAAUACUAUAGCUGUCAGUUGAUGGAUUUGUUAUGUAGUAAAAUAUAUGACUUUGUCUGGGUUUCUUCAGCCCUUUCUCUGCCACUAGCAACCAGAAUAGCACUUUACCUUUUGGUUGGCUAGAUAAGUGGCUGGCUACCUAUUUCUCUCACUGUGGUGUGAUUGGCUAAUAAUCUUUUGUUAAAAAAUUGAAGUCACAUGAAGUCUUUGGUUGUAAACUUCAAAUAUUUUGAUUCUAUACCCAUUUUUUUGUCACAUGCUGAGUAAAAGUGCCUUACAAUGUAAAAAUUGUACAGUACUUCUGUUCCCAAGUAGCAUCAUCAUCAUCUGGGUAGUAAUUACAUUGUGGUAUUAAUAUUUAGAAAAAUGUACCUCAGCAGUGUAUUUACUGUACAUCUCUUAAGUCCUUAACUGUAGUUUUAAUAAGCAUGACAUUAUUUGAUAAGUAUAUAGCAUUUACAUCAUUUCAAAAAAUACUGCCAUUACUGUCUUUUAUGCAUAUUUUAGCUUGAAAUUUUAAAGCGUCUUUCCUUCUUUCCUUUUUUUUCUUUUUGUUUUGUUUUUGUUAUUGAUAUUAAACAGUGUAAUCUUUGCAAGCGUAUAUUGAAGAUUAUUCUGGAGCAUUUAUUGCCUUACCAGAAAUGUUAGUAAGAAAUGUUCUUUAGAGUAGAAAGAUAGACUUGAGUUUCUAUACUUUAAUAAGAGCUCUUUGUUCCGGGGAGGGGCGGGGGAGGGGAGGGCAUCUUACUUUCAUCUCAAUUUAUUAAAAACCCACAACUGAAAUAAAUUUUAUUUCAAAUAUCAGCAGUUUUAGAAUUUCAGAUUGUACUUCCUCAGGAGUACAUGCUACACAAGAUAUUAAGAGAAUAACAAGCUAUGUAGAUCUACUGUUGAAUCAGAAUCUAUGUACUUGAACAAAUGUGUGAAUCUUAAAUAUCUCAAAGCAAAAUGAAAAGUAUCCUGGAGUGUUGUUGCUUUUUUAUAAAGCACUAAAGUUAGACCGAGGUACACGGCUUUGUUCUAAUGGACAUUUAGGUUAAUUGUAAAGAUAAGGAAUGCUCAUGGGUCAAAAUCAAACAUUCCUCUCAUGUUAUGUAUAUUUUGUUCCUGUUAUAUUGGCUUUAUUUUCAAAAUUGUAGUUUGUAGUAUUAGUUUCCUUUUAUUGGUAUUCUUGCAUAUACUAUUCAUUCAAUAAAUGAGUUAUGACUUUCAUA